AAGUCAUAUGAGCUAAUCAGUAGUUGAACUUUGCACCCACAUGCCAAGAUGCCAAAUUAGCGCCAACCUGCUCAUAAACUAAUAUGUCAUGUUUGUAAUUCAGAUCUAUAUUAAAGUCAACUACCAUAAAUUUGUCACCACUUCUCUGAAUUUUAGAGACAUAGGUGGUUCUGACAAAGAAGGCAAAGAAUUCCAAAUGGCUGAAGCAGUAGUGUCAAUUGUUGUGGCGAGGCUUACUGAUUUAUUGAUCGAAGAACCCGUGGCUCUUCAUGGACUCAAGGAUGAAAUUCAACAAGUGGUGACCAAGCUUAAGUUGAUGAAGACAUUCUUACGGGAUGCGGAUUUGAGGAUAACUGAGUACAAAGUCCGGAUUUUGGUUGCUGACAUACGAGCACUUGCUUAUGAUGCUGAGCAUGUUGUGGAAAGCUUUAUUGUUAAAGCUUCAUCCUCUGCAUGGAACAGAAGAAAACAAGCCAUCAAGAUCAAAGAUAUACAAAGCAAGAUGGCUCUCCUCUCUGAUCGCAUUCGUGAUAAUAAUAUUAAAUCAACAUCAGAAUCAUCAAAUUCAUCAUCUGAAGCACCUGGAAAGCUAAAGCGAUUUCACUCCUUCACAACGGUCGAGCCAGAGAUAUUUGUUGAAUUUCAUGGAGCCGUUGAUCAACUGGUGGGACAUUUGGUGGAUGAAAGUGAUGAUUGUUACCCGCUUAUCUCUAUUUGUGGAAUGGGCGGUCUAGGUAAGACAACUCUCGCUCAAAAAAUAUAUAACCAUCCAACCAUUAAAGCAUCCUUUGCUGGUUUAGCCUGGGUUUCCAUUUCGCAGAAGUGGCAAAAGAAACUCGUGUUGCAGCGGAUACUGAUAUGUCUCAUCCAUGAAAAAAAAGAGGAAAUACUUACUUGGGAUGAUGACAAGUUAGUGGAGAAUCUGCUAGAAAUCCAGCAGAGGAAAAAAUGUUUGAUAGUCCUUGAUGACAUAUGGACUACUGGUGCUUGGGAUUCUAUGAAAUCGGCCUUCACAACUGAAACAUCUGUGAGCAAAUUAAUGCUUACCAGCCGUAAUGUGGAGGUUGCUGUGCAUGUAAAUCGAGAAGGAUUCAUAUACCAACCAGAAUGCCUAAAUGCAGAACAAAGUUGGGAGCUACUUAAGUUGAAAGCAGUUCCAAGAGGAGAUUAUCUAGAUUCCAGAGAUAUUUUUACUGUGAUGGAAAGAUUGGGAAGAGAAAUGGUUAAAAAAUGUGCCGGUCUUCCACUAGCUAUAGUCAUUUUAGGCGGAAUUCUUGUAACAAAACCUUCAGUGAUGGAGUGGGAGAAGGUAUAUGCUGAUAGUUUAGGGUCCCUGGAGAAGGGAAAAGGAUUGGGAGAAGAUCAGCAAAGAGAAUUAUUUCAUGUUCUAGUCUGGAGUUACAAUGAUUUACCCCCACAAUUAAAGCCAUGUUUUCUGUAUUUGGGUAAAUUUGGUGAAGAUGAACAGAUAGAAGUAGAGACUCUAUAUCAGUUAUGGAUUGCCGAAGGGUUGGUACUGUCGACUGAUAAAAGGGAAGAAGAGACAAUGAUGCAAGUAGCUGAAUCGUAUAUGAGGGAACUGGUACAUCGGAGUAUGGUUCAAGUGAGAUAUGAAGAUAUGGAGAACUCGCGUACAAAGAUAAAAUCUUCUUCACUUCAUGACCUUAUGAGAGACCUAUCUAUCUCCCAAGCAAAAGCAGUAGAUUUUUCUGAUGUUAUUGAUCUUUGAGAAGGAAAUGAUUUUCAUCUCAAUCCUUCAGCAGAUUUCAGGGCGGUUGACAGUCGACAACUUGUAGUUUACUAUGAUGAGGAACAUAUAAGCAAACAAAUUCAAUCCUACUUUGUCAAGAAAUGCAAGCAACAACAAUAUCGAUCAAUGUUAUUAUUCAGUGAUGGUGUAUUCACUUGCUUUAGGUGGCCAGGUUUACCGAAAGUAGUGGGGUCACAUGUUGCUAAUUUCAGGUUCCUAAGAGUUUUUUCCAUGGAAAAUGCUGAAGUAGAUGGUAUACUUUAUCCUAGAAGUUUUGUGAGAGCGUUAGGAAGCCUUGUGUACCUAAGAUAUCUUAGUGUAAGGAACGUUUCCUUGUCAUUGAUGCCAUCUAUACAGAGCAUGGUGCUACUCCAAACUCUCAAAUUAGAUGUAAUCAGUCUUAUAUCCAUUCCAUCAUGGCUUUCAAGAAAUGUUCUGGGCAAGCUGGGACAUUUGCGGCAUUUGUAUUUACCUAUUAGUGAAUGGAGGACUGCUCCAAAGAAACAAAAAUUAAGGUUUGAUGGGUUGGGCAAGUUAGAGACAUUGGAGAACUUCAGUAACCUGUGGUGUGAAGCCAAGGAUCUUCCGAAACUAAUCAAUCUUCAGAAACUAAAAUUAGAAAUAUACAGUAGUUAUGCUGAUGUGAAAGAGACCAUGAAAAAUCUGUCAGCACUAGCCUUGUCAUCAUCUUCAAAUCUCCGGUACUUAGGACUUUCUCUUACUUUUUAUGAUCAACCAGUAGAGGACGUGAGAGAGUUGUUUUGGGAUUAUAAUUCCAUCCUUCAGAUGUUAAACAUAAGUGGUCAGCUUGCAGAAUUGGCUCAAUUAUUUGAGAACCAACCGCGGAAUAUCAAUAAUCAUGUUGUAGAAUCUCCAAUUCGUAUCACUUCCUUGACGUUAGAGUAUUCGCUCCUGGUAGAUGACCCAAUGCCAGUACUGGAGAAGUUUCCUACACUGCGUUAUCUGGAUUUAUCCUACGACUCAUAUGUGGGGAAGGAGAUGGUGUGCUCGUCCAAGGGUUUUCCGAAACUCACCAGUCUUAUACUGUGCAUGCUCCCCAACUUGGUGAAAUGGAAUAUAGAGGAAGGCAGCAUGUCCCUUCUCACCAACUUAAGGAUUGAUCGUUGUUGGAUGUUAGAGGAGCUUCCAGAAGGUCUGAUAUUUCUCACUUCUCUUCAGCAUUUAUGGUUAGACAGUAUGCCUAUAGAUUUCAUACACAAACUCUGCACGACAAAUGGCACACAAGGACAGGACUAUUACAGAGUUGCUCACUUUCCUCACAUUGAUAUUACUCAAUAAGGAGCUGAUCACUUCUGGAAUCCCAGUACUUGUUGAUUUCCUAUUUUUCAUUACUCUGGUUUUUUUUUUCUUCAAUGUGGUUUUCUUUUUUUAUCAAGAUUGUGGCAAAUGUGGUAUAUUAUGGUUGUAUAAUUAAAUCUCUAUUAUGUUUGUAUAAUUUAAUUAUGAGUAAAGUGCUAAGUGGUGACUGAA